GGUCAAUGGAAUUGAAAUGACUGGUUUAUCCCAGACAGAAGCUGUUGGAAUUCUGAGAAACAUUCCACAGGGAGGAUAUGUAAAUCUGUUGGUUUCUCGACAGGAACUUGUUCCUGCUGUCAAUCAAAUCCGGUCUCAAGAUAUGGUCAGCAAAAAACUAUAUAAGCCACCAUAUCAAGCUGGAGAUGGAUUUGGGAUUGAUCGUUUGAAACAUAGGGAAAUUCUGACAUUUUGCAUACCAUUGAAUGACACAGGUUUAGGAAUUUGUGUCAAAGGAAAAACCAGUAUAACGGCAAAUGGUCCAGUAGACUCGGGAUGGCCGACUCCUUACCAAUGAUCAGCUUGUCAAAAUCAAUGAUAUUUCUUUGCUAAGAAUGACUAACACGGAAGCUAUGGAAAUCCUGCAUCAAGUGGACAACUCUGUUGUUACCCCU